GAAAGUGCUGUUCGAGUAAAAGAUGAGUAAGGUACAGAAGAAGUGAAGCUUGUGGCUCCUCCUCUGUUUUCUAGAGCUGACAGUCCCAGACAAAUGGAUAAGAGUGAAGUUACUCCUGCUCAAACUCUCCCAUGCAGUUCUUCCACCACCAGCAGACACACACCACCUCUGCUCGACGGGCUGAUAGACCCUCCGAGAUCUUUGUCUUUGAGAUUCGAAAGUCUUUUCUUUCUGUUGUUGUCAGCGCAGGAGACCUUUGUGCUCUUCUUGAAAUCUCAGUCUGCAGAUAUUCAAGUGUGUUGCAGCGACGAAACUCCUCCUAAAUGCUGACUGAGCCGUGUGGCCUGAUGGGAUCGGACGUCAGAGACCUGAGCGCCUUGCUUCCAGCGGUCCCAGCGCUGCCGGGGAGGGACUCCAACUGUUCCCUGCCCCUCGGCGGAGCUCCGCAGUGGGGACCGAUGCUGGACUUUCACCCGGCCUCCCAGUACGGAUCUCUUCCCUCACACUCCUUCGUCAAACAGGAGCCGGUUUGGGGGCCCGCAGACCCUCACGAGGAUCCUCACUGCGGUUUGGGGGCCUUCACCGUGCACUUCUCAGGCCAGCUCACGGGGAUGCCCUUCGCCGAUUCUCCCUCCAACCAGAGCCGGAUGUUCUCCGGCGGGCCGUAUCUGGAGAACCCUCCUGUCCCGCGCAACCAGGGUUAUGGUACAGUAGCAUUUGAUGGCACUCCCAGCUACGGUCACACACCUUCACACCACACACCUCCGUUCCCCAACAAUACCUUCAAACACGAGGACCCCAUGUCCCCACAAAGCACUAUGGGUGAGCAACAGUACCCCGUCCCACCACCUGUCUAUGGGUGCCACAGUCCUCCUGACAGUCAGACCCUGCUUUUGAGGAACAGCUUCAACAGUGAUAAUCUGUCCCAAAUGGCGUCACAGUUAGAGUGUGUUUCCUGGAAUCCAGUGACACCCAGUGUAAAGAGUCACAGUGGCAGUUAUGAGGCCGACCCCAUGGUGUACAGCUGCAGCGCACAGUAUCACAUACACACACAUGGUGUGUUCAGAGGAUUACAGGUGGGUGAAAAGCAAAACAGAGACAAAAUCAUACAUAUACACAUUCAACUCUGCACACAUUACAUUCUCAGAAUCACAUAA